GAGUUUCUGCUGAAAUGGAAGGGGUUCUCAGAUGAGGAUAACACAUGGGAGCCACAAGACAACCUGGACCUCGACCUUAUCGCCGAGUACAUGCCGAAACACAAGGAGACGGAGGAGAAGAAGAAGAAGGAGGGCAAGAGGAAAGAUGUCAGGGAGGAGGAGAAACGGAGAAGAAGAGGAGUCAAACAUCACCGCUGUCAGCAGUGUGACAAAUCCUUCACAUCAUCUGGAUAUUUAAAGAUUCAUCAGAGAGUUCACACUGGAGAGAAGCCUUACAGCUGUGAUCAAUGUGGUGCAGCUUUCGCACUACAGAGUACCCUGACAAGACAUCAACGCAUUCACACUGGAGAGAAACCUUACAGCUGUGAUCAAUGUGGGGCAGCUUUUUCUCAGAGUUGUGACCUUAAAACUCACCAGCGCAUUCAUACUGGAGAGAAGCCGUACUGGUGUGAGCAAUGUGGGGAAACCUUUUCUCAUAGUGGUAGCCUUAAAACUCACCAGCGCAUUCACACUGGAGAGAAGCCGUACAGCUGUGAACAAUGUGGGGAAACCUUUUCUCAGAGGAGUCACCUUACAACUCACCAGCGCAUUCACACUGGAGAGAAGCCGUACUGGUGUGAACAAUGUGGGAAAACCUUUUCUCGGAGUAGUAGCCUUAAAAAACAC